UCGUUGAGGAGGCAGUUCGCUACGCGCUCCCGGUCGCUGACAGGCCUGACGAAACAAGUACCCUGAAGGAAGGCGUAGACAAAGGGGAGGCGGCGAUCGUGACCGUCACAGGUAGCGAGUACUUGGAGAAGCCGGUGGACGAGGAGGAAGAACUGAUGAAGGUGGAAAUGGCCCUGGACUCUGAUGACCUCAGCUCAGGGGAGGCCCAGCUGGACCCCAUCCUCCUGGGGCUGGAGGCUGAUGAGGAGAAAUGCCGGAGCAUCCGCAAGCAGUACCGGCAGCUGAUGCAGAGCGUGCAGCAGAACCGCGAGGACAUCGUGAACACGGCCAGCAACUCGCUCACCGAGGCGCUGGAGGAGGCCAAGGUGCUGUUCGACGGCGUGAGCCGCACCCGGGAGGCGGCCCUCGAUGCCCAGUUCCUCGUUUUGGCUUCUGACUUGGGGAAAGAGAAGGCGAAGCAGUUAAACUUUGACAUGAGCUUUUUUAACCAAGCAGCGUUUUGUGACUUCCUGUUCAUAUUCAUGGGCCUAAACUGGAUGGAAGACGAGCGCCACGAGCUGAGUAGCUGUGAUGGGACCGUGGCUCUUCACUUCUGGGAGAUGCUCCAGAAGGAAGCAGCAUGCUGGAUGCUGCGAGCGGAGAAUUUCCGCUAUAUCUUUGGUUCGUUCAAGCCAGAACCUUCCGUACGAAAGCCUCGACUUGAACAUCAAAAGAGAGUUCGCAGAAUGAAGGGAAGUGGAGAUAUGCCCACAAAGUUGAGGAAGCUGGACCUCAGUAGUAAUCAUGAGGCUACAGAGAAAGAAGUGGAGAGAAUCCUGGGGUUGCUGCAGACGUACUUUCAGAAGUACCCCGACAGUCCUGUGUCUUAUUUUGAGUUUGUGAUCGACCCGAACUCUUUCUCUCGCACCGUGGAGAACAUAUUCUAUGUUUCUUUCAUUGUAAGGGAUGGCUUUGCAAGAAUAAGCCUCGACCAGGACAGACUGCCAAUAUUAGAGCCAAUUAGUAUUAACCAAGUAGAUGAGGAAAAUGAUCCCAGUUUUCAUAGCAGGAAACAAGGAAUUAUCUCUCUGAGUUUACAGGACUGGAAGAAUAUUGUGGCAACUUUUGAAAUUUCAGAGGCUAUGAUCACAAACUCGUACUAGAAAGAUUUUUGUUAGUGUAGGAGCUAUUUUGUGUUUCCUGAAAUAUCUCAAAAAAUGG